UACCCUCACAACGUUAUUGUUGUUAUCGUGUAGUUAGCUUCUGACCUCGACUGCUUUGGUCUGGAGCGGAACGACCUGGAGGAAGCGAUCAGAUAAUGUUAACUGGAUAACGUUCUCUAAGUAAUGUUCUCUAGAUAAUGUUCUCUGGAUAAUGUUCUAAUUCGCUUUAACUGGUUAUACUGGUAAACUGCUAUGGCGCCGUCCAGACUCAGUGGGACCAAGAAGAAUAAUGACCUUUAGACACCAUGAACAUGGAGGAAAAAGAAUUAGAGGUCUACGAUGUGAUCCGGUCUAUACGGGACCCGGAGAAGCCGAACACCCUGGAGGAGCUGGACGUGGUGACGGAGAGCUGCGUGGAAGUCCGCCCGCUGCCGGGCGACGAGUACCUCAUCAUCAUCAAGUUCUCGCCCACCGUCCCCCACUGCUCGCUGGCCACCCUUAUCGGUCUGUGCUUACAGGUCAAACUGCAGCGCUGUUUACCUUUCAAACACAAGCUGGAGAUCUACGUCUCUGAAGGAACCCACUCCACAGAGGAAGACAUUAACAAACAGAUCAACGAUAAGGAGCGGGUCGCGGCGGCAAUGGAGAACCCCGACCUGAGGGAGAUCGUGGAGCAGUGUGUGACGGAACCAGAUGACUAACACACACACACGCACACACACACACACACACUGUGUUUGAUGACUGUGAAUCAGGAUCUUAGAAACAUUCUUUAUAUUUGUAUAUGAUGUUUACACAUUAAAACAUUCUGGUCUAGAA